AUGUUUGUCCGUGCGCCACGGUUCGAUGCCGUCCGCAUGCUCCGGUUCCGCUGCUCCGGUUCCGCUGCUCCGGUGCUGCUGUGGCCAGUCCUAGCACGACCAAACUCGACCCGCUCCGCUUCGUACACGCUCUCGUUGCUGUCCAUCCCAGUCGGUUCCUCGCUUUCUCCCUCGUUGCACUUAGGGUCCUUGGUCUAAAAAUUCUCGCGCCGAAGGGUCAACCAGCCCAAUCAGCUCGUCACCAACCUGUCCCCUCCUCCUUUGAUGGCAAAACCAGGUUACUGAGACAGUACAGCUCCCUCUAGCAAACCUAGGGCCGUGUACAUAGUGCCCGUCCACCUUUCUGAUGACGUCUGCCUCCGCGCACAAGGAUGAGAUGGGCAUUGCUGCCUACACCGACGGCCUGGAGGCCCGCGC